CUUGCACGGCAAUUCGUUUUGUGCACGGUAACUCUAUGUCUCGCUCAUGUCGUGGCCGGGCUUCCUUACUAUUCGCAUUCGGACUUUUGGAGAAAAAAAAACAAAACCAAUCCCACACUGUGUGUCGUCAACUGUCGUCACAUCUAUUAAACAAGAACAACGCAUUAUAAAUAUAAGCAAGCAAGAUACAAAGUGAAUAAUAGGAGGAGUUAUCGUGCUCAUCAAAACGGAUUAAACGGAGUACAGAGAAAUUGUUGCAACUCCAUAUACAGCACCAGGUUAUAUCGAUCAUGUAUUCUUAGUGCUUCCUGUAUUUAGCUGGACUUGGUAUGUACUUGUUUAGAGAAGCACCUCGCGAAAGGUCGAUCUGUGUGAGCUAAGACAUACUUUUUAUUGCGAAUCUCUAUUACGGUGAAAUCAAGCUUGCGACAGCUGAUCAACUGCGCUUUGAUAUUGCAUUGCACUAACACGCAGUUGUACUUUUAAAAGUACUCGUUUACUUCUUAUUGGAUUAUACUUCUUAUCAACUUUUUGGACAUAUUUUCGGCAAGACUUUACUAUAUAUAUAAACCUUGGAAUUAGCUAUUUACGAGAUGGAUGCUGGAUUUUCUUCCUACCACAAUGGUGGUCCAACCAGAGAACAGGACUUCAAUAGGUUGGCUCAGACCAUUGGGACAUCAGUAUUAAAAAUAUCACAAAAUGUAUCAUCAAUGCAAAAAAUGGUCAACCAACUUGGAAGUUCUGCAGACUCACAGGAACUUCAAAAUCAAUUGCAUCAAAUACAGCAUUACACUCAACAACUUGCUAAAGACACCAGUAGUCAUCUUAAAGAGCUGGGUAUUUUGGCAAAUUCUGGAUCCAAUAGUCCUGGUGAGCAACGACAGCAUAAAAUGCAAAAAGAACGACUCCAGGAUGAAUUCAUGGCAGCCCUCAACAAUUUCCAGUCUGUACAAAGGUUAGCCGCAUCCAAAGAAAAAGACAUGAUCAAGAGAGCAAAAGCUAGUGUAGGACUCAGCUACUUUGGUGAAAAGAAACAAGAAACAUUAAUCGAGCUUCAAGAUAAUAGAAGUCAAAAACAGAUACAACAGCAGCAUGAACAGGAUGAACAGAACUUGAGAAUGCUUGAGGAACAAGAAGCUAAUAUUCGUCAACUUGAAAGUGAUAUAAAUAACGUUAAUCAAAUAUUCAAAGAACUUGGAGCCAUUGUACAUGAACAAGGAGAAGUCAUAGAUUCCAUUGAAGCAUCUGUAGAAAGGACAGAAGUAUUUGUUAAUGAGGGAGCUACACAACUUAGACAAGCAUCUGGUUAUAAAAAUAAAUUACGUAAGAAGAAGUUCAUACUAGCAUUAAUUGCUGGUAUUAUUUUGUCUCUAUUAAUUGGAAUCAUUGCUUGGAAGAGUUCCUCUUAGAGCUUAUAAGUACUUGACUACUCGAAAAAAAUUAUAAUUCAUGCUGGCGAGUUUCUACAUGAAGUAAAUCGUGAUGCUUUCAUAGUUGGCCAAUGGAUACCAGAUGUAAAGCCAUAUUACGUGUAAUGGAAACCACGAUUGAGAAAUCAAUCAAUAAAGUGCCGCUGUUGUUAAAUAUACGUGAUAAUGUCUGUGCAAGAUCUACAUCUUGAUAGUUGAUACAAGACGAUUCUAAUGACCAAAUUAUUUCUAUUCGUGCAUAAAUAUAUUUUCGAGAUUAAAGCAAUUCUGAUAAUUUAUGUCAAUAUUAUAAAUUUUUUUAACGAAACAAACGGUUAUGGUUAAAAAAUAUUACUUAAAUUCCAGUCUAUAAGUUUAGUAUUUUAUUUUAGCAGCAAAACAAUUUUGUUACUGCACUUGAGUAAUAUUUUUCUUAAAUUCAAUGUUCAAUUAUCAAUGUUUCACAGUAUAGUAUUUUCAUGUUUAUGUAGACAUAACAGAUAUUUGUUUCUGCAACUAUAUUGCAGAAAAAAUAAAAGUGCAAUAUUCUCGCAUUCAAGGGGUGAAAGCAUAAUAAUAGAUCAGAGGUAUAUUAUUUUUAACUUUGAAUAUUCAUUCCAAAACUUACCUAUUUUAAGGUUUGUAUUUAAUUAGAGAGUAAAUGCUUUAUAUAACAGUUUCCUAAACACGUCUAUGUAUUGUACUAUGUAUUCAAUAAUAUUGUUAUUAUCAUGAUAAAAAUAAAAUUAUUUUAAUUAAUUUUCAGUAACAUAUGUUGAAAUUGAGUAAUAAUAAUUUAUUUUCUUAUUGUAAGUAUCUUAAAAAUUAUAAAUUUUAUAAAAGUAAAAGUGUACUAAUUAAACCUCAUAUAGCACGCAACAA